AUGUGGGGGAUUCGGUGGACAUUGUUGGCUACGUUCUUUACCUUGGGAUGGGGUCUUGGUGCCGUGGAGCAAACACGAGUGUAUUUGGAUGAAGAGAAUCCCCGACGGCCCAGUGAGUUGUUCCUUGAGAACUUGAAUGAAGGCCGAAAGACGCUCGUAUUUGGCAAGAGCGAAAUGUAUCCCAGCCUACUGAAGUCAUUGAGAGAACGAAACCAUGACAUCACUCUCUAUAACAACAAUACACGGUUAUCAAGAAACGGCUACUACAACUAUGACUCGGUGGUCAUUCUUGGUAGCGGCACCAUUGAUCGUCGAAUCAUGAAUGGUAUUACUACCUUUUAUGAUCUCCGAUGGACGCUUCCUAAGAGUUACGAUGAACGCUAUAAGAGCGACGUUGGUAACCUUCUAUUGCCGCCUUCUUUGCUCGUUAUCGGGUGUCAGGAUAUGAGGGAGUUCGGUAUUGAGAGGUGCUCCCAGCGGUCUACAGAGGAGGUGUCUCUUAACUUACAGGUAGCUUCGACAAACACAUUCGGUUUCGAGUAUCGUGGAUCAGUAUCGACAGGUUUCAUAGAAGGUCGGAAAAAUGAAUUUGCGCGUUCUAUCCUAGAGGAAGGUUCGGGCUUCAUUAUUCAAGGAGAUUUUAGCUGGUCGAGACUUGGGUAUUUAACCGAUGAACUUAUGUGUUCUGGUGGGUCAGAACUUGAUAUCGGCUGUUUGCAUUUUAUGGACUGGAUUUUCCAUCGGCGUGAUAUUAAAACGUGGUCUAAUUUGCAGCAUUUUAAGGUUAAGGAAGGACAGGAAUUUCAUGAAUUUACCGGACUACCCAUUCCUAAUCGUUACUUGGAGAUGGGUGGUAAUACUGGAACGUUGAUUAGAGCUCGUGUAACCUAUGGUAAAUCGUCAGACAAUGAACAUGGGCCCAUAGAGAACAAUACAGCAUCUCGCUUCAAGGAGUCUGAACUACUGGAGGAGAAAUCUGAUGUUGAGUAUUCACCGUUGCACUUGGAAAGCCGUCGUGUAUAUACAAUUAGGGAUGAGUUGGUCAUUGGUUUUGACUACUACGAAUUACAAGAGACCGAUCGAAAUGUUUUUGCAUGGAAAGGGGCCGAUCCGGAGGACGAAGUAUAUGGUCAAUACAAUAUGAUGGUACCCUAUGUACGUCAGACAUUUGACCUUUAUGGAAAUCCAAGUUCCCAGCACACACGAUUAAUGACAAAAAUUUCCAAAACCGGAGAAUUAAAUCAUGUCAUGACCCCUGGUGUAAGUCGCUGGAUUCAUUUUAAGGCACCAGUUCAGCAUGGAGUGUUCAAGCUCAUUAUUAGGCAAUCUAACCAACACUUAAAUACACCCCUUUGGAUCGAGACACUGAUGCCUCUCAGGACUUACAAACAUAACGAAGAACAACCUAAGCAUAUCAUGUAA